AUGGCGAAGCAAGCCUCGAAAUUGAAUGAUUCGAACGAUUCUUUCCUCUUACUGAAAAAAGUUUACAUCGAUUUCUGCUACCACAAGGUUACCAAAACCUGCAUUUUUUUGCUGGUUAUCUCCCAAACAACUUUUUAUUUCCUUCAAAUCCAUUUUCUACUCUCACAUUUAAGUCUAGAAUUAUUGGCUAGGUAUAGCACCAUCAUGAUGAUCACAACUGUCGCACUCUUUGGCUUAAUUCUCUCGUUUUGUAUAGAAAAAAACAUCCACGAAUUGUAUGAAAUUAUGGGUGAAAUUGCUUGGUCUUUGGAUGAAGCAAGCAAAAAGGACCAAAACGAGUUGUCUCAAACGUCUAGGAAAAUUAACAAUCUCAAUUUAUACUUUUUGGAGUUUCUCGCUUUCUUGAUAAUUAUUUUAUUGCCGGUUUUUGGCGACGAGAAGAACCUUUUUCUGUGUAUUCUAGUUUUUGAUGAGUAUUUCGGCGAGUGGGCUUUUAUCCCCUACCAUUUGUACUUUAUCGGGUUUCCCUUUUUGUGUUACUUUUCAGUGCAAUUGUGUUUCAUGUUUUUGUACGCAACUCUACACUUACACGUCCAAAUUUACCUUUUCAAUAAUUUUAUUGUCAAAAUGGCCACCAGUUUUGACUUUUUCAGUGACUGGAAAAAAAUUCACAGUGGCGAAUACCAAGAGGAAAUUUCCCGACAACUGUGUCAAUGUAUCCAGCAAGAUGUUGCGUUGAAAAAGUUUUUGCCGGUCUCUGUGCCAUAA